UAUAUCAAUUUUUGUUGCGUGUUACAAUAGGAAACUAUAACUUGGUUAGUACUAAACUAAGUUCCUGUUCAGAAUGUAUUGUAUUUGACACAAAUGAUGAACUCUAGGAAAAUCCUGGGCAGCUUGCAGACAAGGAAACUCCUCAGUCAACAUGGAUCAGUCUCUGGAGGAGUUGGAUCAGGGAGGGGAGUUUGAUCAAAGCCUGUUCAAGGAGUUCCUGAAGGAUCCCACCAUGAGCAUAUUAAGCGUCAACCCAGUUACGGGGAAACAGGAAUUCAUUUGUCCAAGGUGCACCAAGGUAUACUCGUAUCCAUCGACACUUCUGAGACAUCUGAAAUUUGAAUGUGGGAAACUUCCGAUGUUCCCGUGUCCACAUUGUCCUUUCAGAAGCCACAGGAAGGAGAACAUCAAGUCCCACGUGAUCGCCAAGCACGAAAAGAGCAAAAAAAUAAAGUGUCCCCAAUGCACUAAAUCGUUUGUCCACAAGUUCCGGCUGCUGGAGCACAUCAAAUGGUGCCAUGAAUCUAACGUCCCUCCGGAGCUGGAGGUAGAAUCCAGUAACAGUGCCUCCAUGAUCUCACUGCCGCGGAACGCAGUUACUGAUCCUGAGGAUGUAAGAAGCCCUUUGAAGCUAGGAUACUUUCCCGGACAUUUGCAGUGCUCAACACCAAAAUUGAAGAUAUCCAAAACUAUUUCCGUUAUGGAUGUUCCAAAAAUUAACAAGCUCAAUCAUUUGAGUUUUCUUGAGGCCAGUGAUGACCCCCAGGACAGAGUGUUUCUGAAGGAAGAGGAAUGCGGACCCUUAAUGAAGCAAGAGGUUGCUCUUGACAUAACCGACAGUGAGGACCCUCUUCACACCUCUGACACAGUUGAAGAUAAUGUGCAAAGCAUUAUAUUUUAAUAUCUAAGCUCUUAAUAUGUUAAUGUAUAUUUUGGCAUUAAUUGCAACACUAUAACCUAAUGAAUCAUUUUGUCAGAGGAUGUGUUAAGAGGUAAGGAAACUAAACAAAGGUAUUGGAUUCCGCAAUUUUCAGGAAAUGAACACCAGCUUUAUUAUUAUAUAAUUCUUUGUUGCAUUACAUAUUUAACAAGAAGGCAAAUUCUAAACUGAUUCAGAGAUUUAGUAGUGUAGACUUUUUAAGCGAUGAGGAAGUUUUAUGUCAUCAGCUGGAUUUGUGGUUAGUAAUAGGGAUAUUUAACUAUACAUUUUUAAAUCAAUUGAUUUCUUAUGAUUUACAUUUCUAUCUAGUACACAUUUUUAAGUACAUAUAUUAUAUACAUACAUUGUACAAUUUUUCUAUUACCUUGAAUCAAAAUACUAACUAUAGUAAAUAAAUAAACACUGAAGUAAACAUGUUUAUACUUUAAGAUUGUUUAUUAAAUAUUUUAUUUCUAUUAAGCAAUAAAUUAUUAUGUUUUACAUUAUCAAAUCAUGUACUUUUGAAGCAUUUGUAUCACUAAAAGUGUACUAACUAUUUAUAUCUUCAGAAAUAUUAUGUUUCUUUUUGAUUAUAUUUAUUGUAUUGUUAUUCUGCAUGUUUUGUCAUAUAAAUUAUUAAGUGUAGAAAUGAUAUAAAUGAGUUAUUCUUUCAUUGCCUCCGUUUGCCUUAUUAUUAAAUUAUGUUUCAAACUAUAUUUUAUUAAUUUGACAUCUUAUAUUGUGAUAGUGUUAUAUUAUAAUUAUAGUAUAAUUUGUAAACCUACUACACAUGUUUUUAAUUUAUUAUAACUGUCACUAUAUUUUGUUGGUCAGUGGAAAGUGUCAUAUUUUUUGUGGUCUCUGUUUUUCCAACUAUCCUGUUGUUAUUUGUUUACUGUCAGUUUUCAAAUAUUUUGAGUUUUAUCUUUGGGUUAUGGAUAACUUACUUCUGACGGGACGUCUACCCCUCUCUUACUUCUAUUUACCCCUCAUAUCAAAGUCUUCUAAGUUGGAUAGAAAAAGAAUAAAGUAUUUGUAUGUAUUAAUUUAAAUAUUCCUCUGUAAUACAGUACGUUUUAUUUCAAAUAAAUAUA